AUGACUCACCACGUGCCUUUGCAGCAACUGGUGCUGCAGGAAGAGCUGCAGCAGAAGCAGAAAAAGCAUAAUCUGUCGCAAGAGGCUGGAAAUAAUCAAGAGCAGCUGCUUUAG